AUGCCUUCCCCCUUCCUCCACCCCGGCUCCCACGCCGAUCUCAACUCCCUCGCCCUCCUCCAUCUCCGCCGCGACCACACCAUCCCCGCCAUCCUGCAAUCCACCGACCCAACCCAAACCGGCUACAAAGAGGGCUCCGUCACCAACACCCGCUUCGGCUCCUUCCCCCACAGCACCCUCGUCCACCAGCCGUGGGGGUCGCAAAUCGCCGCCUCCAAGGUCGACACUGGCUCGCGCGGCCGCAAGAAGCGCAAGGCCCCGCACGAUGACGACGACAACACCAACGACCCCGACCAGACACCCCAGACCCCCGUCACCGCCGCCUCAGGCUUCCUGCACCUGCUCGCGCCGACCCCAGAGCUCUGGACCGCCUCCCUCCCGCACCGCACCCAGGUCGUCUACACCCCGGACUACAGCUACAUCCUGCACCGGCUGCGCGCGCGCCCGGGCACGACGCUCAUCGAGGCCGGCGCCGGCAGCGGCUCGUUCACGCACGCCGCCGUGCGCGCCGUCUUCAACGGAUACCCCGAGCCUUCAGUGAAUGAAACGUCCGCGCCCAGCAAGCGCCGCCGGCUGGGCAAAGUGUGCAGCUUCGAGUUCCACGCGCAGCGCGCGGCCCGCAUCGCCGAGGAGGUGCAGGCGCACGGGCUCUCCGGCCUGGUGGAGGUGACGCACCGCGACGUGUACGAGGACGGGUUCUGUCUGGGCGAGCCGGGGCGCGGCACGUCGCCCAAGGCGAACGCGGUGUUUCUGGACCUGCCGGCGCCGUGGCUGGCGCUGAAGCAUCUGGUGCGCGGGGGCGCGGACUCGCCGCUCGACGCCGCGGCGCCGGUGUACAUCUGCACGUUUUCGCCGUGUCUGGAGCAGGCGCAGCGCACGAUCACGGCUGGGGCUGGAGUAUGA